CUCUGCACGGCUAACAUUUAACCUGUUAAUACAGCCUGAAACGUCGGAAUUUUUGAGAAGAUUGUUCAGCCAAGACCCAGACUCUACGCUGUCCUUUUGUCUUGGAGGUUGAAAUGAAGAAUGUUUUGCUUAGAGCUGGAGACCAGUUGAAAGUCCAAGGGAAGAUCCAUGCUGAUGCUCAAAGGUUUCAGAUUGACCUGGGUUCCAGUUCCAGUGAAUUGGCUCUUCACUUCAACCCUCGUUUCCAUGAUGAUAAUGCCGACACACCGGUGCUAGUGUGUAAUUCACGGUCUGGUGAUCUCUGGGACCAGGAGCAAAGGGACACACCCAACCCUUUCCAACCAGGCUCUACUUUUAAAGUUGUAGUUAAGCACACAGGAAAACUAUUUGAGGUGAAACUACCCGAUGGGCAGGCGAUUGAGUUCCCCAACCGACAGGGAGUGGAGGACAUCAGUUAUAUUCGUAUCAAGGGUGACAUCAGCCUCACCUCUUUCAAGAUGCACUGAGAAAAGCAACAUUUCUGCAAAACUGAAACAAAAAGAAUGCUAGAAGCCUGUUUAACAAAAUGAAAUGGCAGACUGUCUUUUCUCUUUCAUGAACCAAGCAGCCCCAUCUGGUGGGCAAAAUAUGUCAUGCUACCCAAAUGAGGCCUUAAUAAUAAAAUUUCACUGAAAUGA